AUGAGGCCGUCCACCAUCUGUAUUCUCCUCGCGGUGGCAGUCCUCCUCCUCCACCACCACCUCCUCCCCGGGGUGGAGGCAUCGGUUGAGAAGGCGUGCAGGGACGCGGCGAAUAGCAGCCCCAAUAUCAAGUAUGACUUCUGCGUGGCGGAACUCCUCCCGUACCCGGGGAGCGGGUCGGCGGACCAGAAGUCGCUGACGGUGAUCGCGGCUACCUUGGCGAAGGACAAAACCACCAGCGCCAGCGCUAAGGUCAAGAGUUUGCUAGCCAGAACGAGUGAUCCAAAGACGAAGCAGGGCUUGGAGUCUUGCGGGAGCCUCUACGAGGACCUGUUCUCCGACCUCAACACGUCCAUCCCGGCCAUCAAGGAGGGUCGCCUGGUCGACGCCAAGACCUAUCUUAGCGCCGCUGUGGACGCGCCCGACACCUGCGAGGACGGUUUCAAGGAGCUGAAGGUCCCCUCGCCCUUGACCAAGGAGGACUCCGACUUGACGCAGAUGUGCACUAUUGCUUUAGCCUUCACCAAUAUGCUUGGGUGACUUUCUUGCCGUUACGCCUUUCCGUUAGUUAUAGCUUUGAUGUGAAG